GUGCCAGCUUUGGCCAGUGUUGUUCGCAGAGCAGUGAAGAAGCAAAUGAUCUGGCUGGGUUUGCUUUCUGGGCAGCUUUCUAAACUUUCUCGGUCCUCUCCACUCUCGCUCCAACUCUCACAAUUUCCAAAUACACCAUUUUGAGAAACGCAAAACAAAAAGUCAUGUACUCUGUUCCACACUCCAACCAGAUGAAGGACACUUCUCUCAGCUCUUCUCUCCAAGAUGACAAGGCUUUGCGUCUCCAGAGCAAGAUUGCCGGUGCUCGCAACCAACAGAGAAGUUCCAAAAGAGGAUCCAUGCGUGGAUCCAUGCGAAGAACCUCCCUCUCAUCCUCUACCAAAGACAAGGCACCGCACCGCAACCCCUUGGAAGAUUCCGUCAGGGACUUGCAUCCUCACCAGAUUAUUGAUCUCUUGGAAGUGAGUGCUCGUGAUGAUCGCGAUGCGAGCUUUAUGUGUCUUCAAACCAUCAAGAACGCAACAAGCAUGCUGGAUGACAAACCCCGACGAAAGCGAGGCCCCCGACGUCAGUGCAGCUCCGACUCUACAUACAGCUCUCCACACUAAACUGAACCGAAAUCCGCAGUUUGGCUAUCUACAUGCAUUUGGAAAUAAGCAAUUUCAAAAGGGCAUUGUCUGUCUUGAUCGUGUGCAAGGCGCAAAACGAGGGCAUGCUAACAAAAACAACUCAAAACAAGACUUCACAUAAUACAUUAUUAAUAAAAGAUAAAAGACUUACAGUAAACCGAGCAAAGCAUCA